AUUUUCCAGCUUAGAAAGUGUAGACAAUUCAUUAACUAGUGUCAAGUAUCGCAUUAACAUUUGCGUUUUUUUUUUUGUGAAUUGUGUCUAUUUACAUUUCUUUCAGUGUGAAGAAAAAAAAAUGACGGAUUUCAAACCCAAUCCAAAUCCAAGUAUAGAAUUUACAAAGAUUUUCAUUAACAAUGAAUGGUACAAUUCAGUGAGUGGAAAAAAAUUUCCAGUUAUAAACCCAUCGAAUGAAAAAGUUAUUGCCAAUGUAGCUGAAGGAGAUAAGGCGGAUAUUGAUAAAGCAGUUGCUGCUGCCAGAGAAGCAUUUUCAAGAGGAUCAUUAUGGAGACAAAUGGAUGCCUCUGCACGAGGAAUAAUUAUUAACAAGUUGGCUGAUCUAUUGGAUAAAAAUGUGAAUGAACUCGCUAGCAUACAAUCAAUAGAAAAUGGAAAACCUUUUUUAAAUUCAGUUGACGAAGUUGUUAGAUCUUCUAAACUUCUUCGUUAUUUUGCUGGCUGUGCUGAUAAAAUUCAUGGAAGUACAUUACCAGCUGAUGGAGAUGUUUUUGCAAUGACAAGAAAAGAACCAGUUGGUGUAGUGGGUUCAAUUAUUCCCUGGAAUUAUCCAAUAACAAUGGUAGGAAUGAAAAUUGGUCCAGCUUUGGCAACAGGUUGCACAAUGGUUAUGAAACCAGCUGAACAGACACCAUUAACGGCUCUUUAUAUUGCAAAUCUCGCAAAGGAAGCUGGUCUUCCAAAAGGAGUUCUUAACGUUGUUCCAGGCUAUGGAAACACUGCGGGUUCUGCUUUAGCAGAACAUCCAGAUGUUAAUAAAAUUGCUUUUACCGGUUCUGUUGGUAUUGGAAAGAAAAUAAUUGAAGCUUCGGCAAAGAGUAAUUUAAAGAGAGUUACCCUGGAACUUGGAGGAAAAAGUCCAUUGGUUGUUAUGAAUGACGCAGAUCUGGAACUUGCUGCCACUUAUACAUCGUUGGCAUUUUUAAAUGCGGGACAAAUUUGCCUGGCUCCAACCAGAGUUUAUGUUCAAAGUGGUGUUUACGAUAAAUUUCUUGAUAUGAUUGUAAAGAGAGCAACAUCAUUAAAAGUUGGCGGACCUUUCGAAUCUGAUUCUUUCUAUGGAUCCCAGAUUGAUGACAGAAUAUUUAAAAGAGUUAUGAGUUAUAUUGAAUUGGGUAAAAAGGAAGGUGCAAAAUUAGAAACUGGUGGACAUCGUCAUGGUAAUUUGGGCUUUUUUGUUCAGCCGACAAUUUUUUCGAAUGUCAAAGAUAAUAUGACAAUUGCAAAAGAAGAAAUUUUUGGUCCAGUACAAUCACUUUUGAAAUUUGACACUUUGGAGGAAGUUAUUAAAAGAGCUAACAACACAACUUACGGAUUGGUUGCUGGUGUUUUCACAAAAAACAUUGAUCAGGCAUUGGAAUUUUCAAAAGCAGUUGAAGCUGGUACUGUUUGGGUCAAUCAAUGGUUUAAUAUGUCAGCACAAACUCCAUUUGGUGGCUACAAACAAUCUGGAAUUGGACGCGAAAUAGGAAUUGAAUCUCUUGACCAUUACAUGGAGGUUAAAACAAUUAACAUAAAAUUGCCAUCAAAUCAUUGAACUUGAUUAAAAUCAAAAAACAAUUUUUUCUAAAGUAAAAGAUUUUUGCACAUGAUAGCAAAUAAAAAUGGUGCUUUUAGAGAAUAUAUAUAAAAAAAAAUGUAUAUUUAUAAUUUUUGUAGAAUAAAAUUUUUUAUAUAGUUUA